AUGACCCAGUCGCAAUCCAACAUCUCCCAGUUAAAAGAUUUCUUGUCUUAUUUAGUAACCGUUAAAGGUGACCUUUCAAAUAUCACCGCUCCGCCCUUCACUCUUUCACCCAAGUCAGUGGUGGAGAUACCGACCUCUUGGGCUGAGCGUCAUGAUUUAUUCAUGCAGCCAGCGCGAGAAAAGGACCCUGCGCGACGCUCUCUUUUAGUGCUUAAGAACUUCCUCUGUAGUCUUAAGCGCCAGGUCUAUACAGCGACCGCUUCUGAAGAGUGCUCUAAUGAUAACUGCGGCGAUGACAGUGUCAAGAAACCCCUCAAUGCGUUUUUGGGAGAACUCUUUCUAGGGACUUUCGAAGGGGAUGACGGAAGCACAACGAGAUUGAUAUGUGAACAGGUAUCACAUCAUCCACCAGUGACGGCCUGCUGCUUAUAUAACGAAGUUAACGGCAUCUCAUCUUUGGGCUACGUAGCACAAGAGAUAACUUUUAAUCCCGCUUCGGGUGUUCGGGUGAAGCAAAUUGGGCACGCAAUCAUCCGUGAUGAAGGCCACGGCGAAAGUCACUUAAUGACUCUGCCGACCAUAGUGAUAAAGGGGCUAGUAGUCGGGCGGCCGUACCCUGAACUAGAAGGCACUUGUUACAUAUCGUCAAGCUCGGGAUAUCUCACAACUAUUGAUUUCCAAAGUAAAAGCCUGCUAGGAUCUGGAAAGAAGAACAGUGUACAUGCCGAGAUAUCUAAUGUUCGGGACGGGGGCAGGGUGAUGUUCAAGGUCACUGGUCAAUGGAACGACCGACUUACGAUCGUAGAUGGUACGAAUGGGAAACAAAUCGAUGAUUUUCAUGUCGACGACGUGUCCCUCACGGAGAUUCAAAUCAAACCCCUUAAAGAACAAAGCUCAUGGGAAUCGAGAAAAGCAUGGGGCAAAGUGGCAGAAGGAAUCGGUGCCGGGAGUAUGCAUGUCGUUGGCGACGAGAAGAGUACGAUUGAAAAUGCACAGCGUGAGAUGCGUGCAGCCGAGGAAAGCGUUGGCGUCGAAUGGCCAAGACUAUUCUUCCAGAAUUCGGACGACUACAACCAGGAGUUUGCUCUUUUAGCUAAGAUUAUUCCAGAUCCGACGGCCAGGAGCCUUAACCAAGAGCGGACGGCUGGGGUAUGGAAGUUCAUCGGGGUCGGCGCUGCUGAGGCCCUGCUCUCAGAUGGGAUCUUUCACAGGUCGUUGGCGCCAACGGGACAAACGGAAUACUGUUGA